GAAGUCAGCAUAUCAAUUGUUGUCACUGGCCAUGUCUUUAAACCAAACAAAGGGUUCAUCGGCUGGAAAAGCAAACAGGACAACAGAACACACGAACGACAGCUAAAAGGCGAAUCUUUCAAGAAAAGAUAUAAUUAAAGCCCGAAAGCUAAGGAGCGUUUUCUUAACGUCAUGAGCCAGACAGAACCUUGCUAACUUUGCACGAACAAGUUGAAUGAAAUCGAUUCAAAAGUAAUUCCGGUUUGGAUCACAUUGUAUAAGGGAUAAUGCGCGAUAUAAAGUCAUGACUGGAGGACUAGUAGAUACUUGUUUGACAAGCUUCAUAUGCAUGCCCAGCUUCUCAAUAUCAAGAAUCAAAAAAAUACUCGUAAUUUUUCAAGUAUUUGUUAUAGCAUUGCUGUUUCUGCAGUAUUUUCAACUGGACCAAACAAAUUACGGAAAAGUCAUCAAAUCACACAAAUUUACAACAACCUGCAAACGAAUUAUAAAGGGCGACCGAAUAGCAAUUAGAAAAGCUGAAAUGAUUAUGAACCACUUUCCGAAACAGCCCUUCUCUCCUGAGAGUUAUAUCAAACUUGCUAGCAAUUGUGAAAAAUUUAAAAAUGAAAGAGGUUAUUUUAUGAAAGCUUUAAGUGAAAAUGAAGCUAAAUUUCCUAUUGGUUAUACUAUUAAUAUUCAUAAAGAUAUAGAACAAUUUGAAAGACUUCUUCGCGCAAUUUACAGACCUCAAAAUUAUUACUGCAUACAUGUUGAUAAAAAAUCACCAGAUGUUUUUCACCGUGCUGUUGAAAAGAUUGUAAGUUGCUUUUCAAAUGUAUUUAUUGCUUCUCGCAUCAUUGAAGUAAAUUGGGCUGAAUUUUCUGGACUUGAAAGUACAUUAACAUGUAUGAAAGAUCUUUGGGAAAGAUCAAAGUUGUGGAAAUAUCUCAUCAAUUUGACUGGACAAGAGUUUCCUUUGAGAACUAAUAGCGAAUUAGUGGAUAUAUUACAGAAGUUAGGAGGGAAAAGCAUGGUUUAUGGAACCCAGCCAACAAACAGUUUGAUAAAGAAGCGUUUCAUUUAUGUUUACAAUGGAACGAAACCAACGCGGAAACGUAAACGGCCAUUUCGACAAAACUUCAAGUUUUACAAAGGUUCAACAUAUGUUGUUCUAUCACGUGCCUAUAUCAACUUCACUUUGCACGAUCAGUUGGCAAAAGAUUUCUUGAAAUGGGUAAAAAAUACAGGGUUUCCCGAUGAGACGUAUUAUGCAACGUUGUACACGAAUACCAACUUUGAUAAACGUUUUCAAAACAACUCAUAUCGACCACCACGUAUACGUCAUGUGAACUGGGGCUCGUUUGGUUGUCAUGGCAAAGUUGUUAGAAAUGUCUGUAUUAACGGUAUUGGUGAUUUAACCAGGAUUACAACAGAAGACGCUUUAUUUGUAAACAAAUUUCAUCUAGAUUAUCAAUAUUUAGCUUUAGAUUGCUUAGAACAAUGGUUCCAUAAUAGAAUUUUGACGAACCAGAUGAACUAGCUGCUGGUCAACUGACCGUUUGUUUAAACAUAUGGUUUAAAGGGAAUUACAUUUGAGCGUAGCCCGG